GCUAUGGUGUGCGCGCUGGCGAGCCGCAGUCGAGCACCAACCGUCGCGAGUGACAGUCGAACGAUAGCAAACAGCAAAAUGGUUUACGAGAGUGAUUUCUACACGACCCGCCGCCCUUACCGGCCGUACAGCAACUACAGCGUGUCGCCGCUGUCCGAUGUCUACUAUCUCUCGUCCUACUACUCGACGAUUCUACCAUACUACUACCACUACAAUAUCCCGUAUGUGACGUACAUCCCCAAACUGUCACAGGCGGAACUUAUCUACCGGCCGACGGCUCGCACGGUGACUCGGCUCACCACUUACCCGGACCCGCCGCACCACAUCGUGAGGGUGCGCGUGCGCCCCUCUGUGAUCCUCCGCGAGUUGGACCGCAUACAGCACCGCCCGCGCCGCGCGCUCGCCAUCUCUGCCGUCGACGAUUUCUACCGCUCAGAGUCUACUAAGCAAUUCGAAGAUGAGACCCGACGCAUCCGCGCAGACACGGCAGCGCUCAUGCAGCGCGCGCGCUCCGUGGUGCCCCGUGCUUCCUCCCUCGCGCCGCUCGACACUCUAUACUCGACAUACUCACACAGCUACGAGCCGCUCCUGCCGUACCGGUUCAGCAACGACGCGUACGUCAGAAAGUUGAUCCUGCCCCUGCGCAACUUUGCCGACAGUGUGCGCGAGACUAUCAAGCACAUCUCCUACUGGAACGAGCCCGCCAAGAGGUUCACUGGACGCGGACACCUCGCAUGCGUGCACUACUCCGGUAACAAAGCCUUCACCAACCGCCGGCCGCUCUACAAGGAGCUCAGCAUCCGCGACGAUGUCAACCUCCUCUCGUUUUACGCCAAGAACCGGCUCGCGGCUGCCGGGCUGGCCGUCGAGAAGGCCACAGUGAAACUGCUCCCAUGGAGGCCGAGCCGCAAGUUCCAGGCGCCCCAGACGAUGGAAGACCCGGCGUUGGAGCUGAAGGCAGCCAAGGCGGAGCGCGAGGCGCGGUUCAGGGCGGCUACCGUCGAGCCCAUCAUGACGCCUACUGCCGACCUGGCGGAGAUCAAGAAGAAGCGGCAAGAGGAAAUGCGGGCUGCUGAGGAGAAAGCCCUAAAGGAAGAGGCAAAACGCGAGGCAGAGCGCAAGGCUCAGGCUGACCGCGAAGCAGCGGAGAAGAGGAAGGCGGAGGAAGAGGCGCGAAAGGCCGAAGAGGCCAAGCGCCAGGCCGAAGAAGAAGCCCGUAAGGCUGAAGAGGAGGCCGCACGCAAAGCUGAGGAAGAGGCGGCACGCGCGGAGGAAGAGGCCGCACGCGCGGAGGAAGAGGCUCGUCUCGCUGAAGAAGCUAAGAAGGCGGAAGAGGCCAGACUUGCAGAAGAAGCCAAGAAAGCAGAGGAGGCCAAAAAGGCCGAAGAGGCCAGAAAGGCAGAGGAGGCUAAGCUAGCAGAAGAGGCCCGUUUGGCCGAAGAGGCUAGGCUAGCGGAAGAAGCUCGUUUGGCCGAAGAAGCGAGGUUAGAAGAAGAGAGACAGGCGGAACAGAGGAGACAGGAGGAACUCACGAGAUUGGCAGAACUGGAGAAACAAGCCCAAGAAGAACGCGAGGACGAACUUGCACGACAGGCCGCUGAACUCGCAGAAAUCGCGCGGCAAGAGUCGGAACUGGCUGCGCAGCGUCUUGAGGAGAUGUCACGAAGCGAAUCCGCUACUGAUGUUCCCGCUGACGCUGAAGCCAGCGAAACGCCAGAAGCCCCCGCUGAGGCAGAACCAGAAGCAGAGGAACCCGAACCCGUGGUUGAAGAACCCGAAUCUCCUGAGGUUAACCCUGAACCCGCUGCAGAACCCGAAGCCGCAGAGGCUAGCGAAGACGAACAAGCAGAGCCUGACGUCACAGACGAAGAAUAAAAACUUUAUAUUAUGGAGUGUGGAAGAUCUACAUCAUAUUUUUCUAGUUACCUACUAUGCAUUUUUUCUUUUAUGAGGUGUUUAGGAGGGCAAUUAUGCAUGUAGAAAUGUUUUGAAGAUUAGAAUCAAUUAAGAGAGGAUACUUUUAACAAUAUGUGUAGUUUAAUAUAAGCUACAAGCUGAAAGUAAAAUGGAUUAUUGUUCUAAAUAUCUAGUUGUUGGGCACUGGACUACUUUUUAAAAGAGCUUUAUAAAUUUGGCAGUCUUAUGUAGAUUUACGAAGCAUACCUUACUUAGUUACUUCACUAUGCUGUUCAGUUACAGCCUAUCUGAAGUAGAGAAACUUUGUUAAUUCUGAUGGAACUUGAGAGGGCAGCGGUAAGAGAGUAGUCAGUGAUUUAAUGACGAAAAAGACAGAAUACAGUCAGAGAAGGGUACCUGUCAAGUACUACUAAAUAAAUAAAAUAAACUUUACGACAAAAAGAGUAUGAAAAAGAUGUCUUUUCUCUUUGAAACUAGUCUUUAUUACUUCUCUACAUAUAUCAUUGCAAACAAUGUUAUAACUAAGCUAAACAUCAUUCGUGUAGUAAACAUAGUUAGACAGGAAUGAUGUGUUAGCUAGGUAGAUGUAAACUUGUAUAUUUAUACUGCCUUUAACUUAUACUUUCCAUCGCGUAAUCAAAUUACACGGUAAAGAAAGCAGAUGGGCAAAAAUAAAGUUUUUCAUUUAAGAAAAAUACGCAGGAAUUCUCACUACCACCGUUAACAAAAAACUAUAAAACUAAAAUUUAAAUGUUCUAGUAAUUAAGUGUUUCAUAAUGUUAUAUUUUGUUAAAUUUUAACAAUAAAAGACAUAUUAACAUA